AUGCCCGUCAUUUCACGCCUCGCGUCUAUCAUUCUCCGCGUUGCGGAGAUCGCCUUCGCAGCUGUCGUCGCAGGUGUUAUUGGACACUACCUUGCCGAGGUUAACAACAGUGGUGCAGAUGUUAACUGGUGGCCUCAGUCGCGAUGGAUCUAUACUGAAGUCAUCGCUGGCUUAUCGAUAUUGCUGGGUCUUAUAUGGUUAAUCCCAUUCUCGUCCGGAUUCUUCUCUUGGCCCAUGGACAUCCUCAUUUCGUUUGCUUGGUUCGCUGCGUUCGGUGUCCUCGUCGACACCAUCCGCCACUUGCCAUGCGGCAGUAUCUGGUCCUGGCAUUUUAGAGGAGACCAGACAUGUGGCCGGUGGAAGGCUGCUGAGGCCUUCAGCUUUCUUUCAGCUAUUAUCUGGCUUGUUUCUGCUAUCGUGGGGAUCUGGUUUACCUUCCGCGUGCGCCAAAACACCACUGACGGAGUGUAA